CCUGUGCCACUCACUGUGAACAGAACACCCAGAGAGCCCUGCCCAGACAGACAAGUUCCUCCCAUCACGUGCUGGGGUGAUAAGUGUGAUGGAUAAAGAGAGGAAGAGCCAGCAGUGCCUCUGGCUGGAGAGGCCAAGCGGACCUCACUAAGGUCGUGACAUUUGAACACCAGCUGAAGGGGUGUGAGGGCGAGAGUGUCCAGGAAGAGGGAGGAGCCAGUCCACAGGCCUGGAGGCAGAAGGCUGAUUGAAGAAGAGUCCAGAGGCUCGGGUGGCUGCAGCAGAGAGAGAAGAGGAACGGGGCCAUUGCAGAGCAACACGCACUUUAAAUAAGCAAAACCCCCAUCUUUCCCCUGGGAAGGAAGAGGCCGAGGGAGGCUGUGUUUCUGACUCACACAGGGGAGUGGUAAACAACCCUGGAGAGAACAGCUGGGCCUGGUGAGUCACUCACUCCUGGGAGUGGCUCCUCCCCACCCUGCCGGGCAGCCUGCGGGCUGGGCCUACCUCCUUGUGGCCACACUCCCUCCCUCCGCACCAGGCCUCUCUCUGUGGAGUGUGGGUGGCCACGCACCUCGGUGGAGAUAGAUGGGAGUGGGGCUGGGCUGGCUGGGCAGGCAGGGGUUUUGCUUCUUGCUAAGGCAGCCCUGGAGGGACCCAGUUGCCAUCCCCAGAGCCAGGAUCAUUGGCCGGGCUGGGGGAUCAGGGCCCCCCGUGGUCCCAGCACGCCUGGCCUAUGAGACUGUACUCUGCAUGACUCCUCCAGGUGGCCAGGGUCACCAGAGCUGGCUCGCUCCCCUCUGCCAGUUGCCCGAGGUCUGGGCACCAGGUUACUUUUCACCCUCCCACCAGGGUUAAACAUUAGUGAGAGGUUAUCAGCGUGGGCCGGGGAGGGAGAGGUGGGAAUUCACCUCUGUCUCCUCUGCUGGAGCCGCCAGUCCCCGCAAGCCCAGACAAUGCCCGUGGAGGAGUUUGUGGCUGGCUGGAUCUCUGGAGCUGUGGGCUUGGUCCUGGGACACCCCUUUGACACUGUAAAGGUUCGGCUGCAGACCCAGACCACGUACCGGGGCAUCGCCGACUGCAUGGUCAGGAUUUACCGCCAUGAGUCUCUCCUGGGCUUCUUCAAGGGAAUGAGCUUCCCCAUCGCCAGCAUAGCUGUGGUCAACUCUGUUCUCUUCGGGGUCUACAGCAACACCCUGCUGCUGCUCACGGCCACCUCCCACCAGGAGCGGCGGCUCCAGACGCCCAGCUAUAUGCACAUCUUCCUAGCGGGCUGCACUGGGGGGUUCCUGCAGGCCUACUGCCUGGCUCCUUUCGACCUCAUCAAAGUCCGGCUACAAAACCAGACAGAGCCAAGGGCCCAGCUGGGGAGCCCCCGACCCCGGUACCUGGGGCCGAUGCACUGUGCAGCCUCCAUCUUCCGGGAGGAGGGGCCCCGGGGGCUGUUCCGAGGAGCCUGGACCCUGACACUGAGGGACACUCCCACGGUGGGGAUCUACUUCAUCACCUAUGAAGGGCUCUGCCACCAGUACACACCAGAAGGCCAGAAUCCCAGCUCAGCCACCGUGCUGGUGGCAGGGGGCUUUGCAGGCAUCGCCUCCUGGGUGGCAGCCACGCCCUUAGAUGUGAUCAAGUCCCGGAUGCAGAUGGAUGGCCUGAGACGAAAAGUGUACCGGGGGGUGCUGGACUGCAUGCUACGAGUAUCUUCUCCGAUGGUGGGGAUGAGCCCUGCGGCAAUGACAGCAGCUGCCCAUCAGGCCCAUGUCCCAGAGGCCAGUUUGAGAUUGGAGGUCAGGAGGAAAGCCUACAGCUUGCAAUUCAGUGCAAGAGGCUCAGCCCUUACGGAUCCUCUGUGUAGUUGGCCUUGACUCCUUUGCCUCCCCUAUCUGUGAAGCAGGGAGCACGAGGCACAAAUGAGCUGGCAGUGGUGCUGGUGACAUCCCAGCCCCUGUCCUGUGCCUUCACCCCUUAAGGAGCUCCGAGACUCCGCUUCUGAGAGGCCCUGCUGCCUCCCACCUCCCUGCCUUUCACGGCUCUCUUCCCUGAAACCCAGAAUAACCCUAUGUCUCCUCUAGGAGUCCUUCGGCGGCUCCCAUCACUUUCAGGAAAAGCCCAAGCCCCUUCCUCCUUCCGGGUUCCUCCCUUACCACGAGGCUGGGGUUGCUUCCUGGACCCUGAAUGAGCCGUGCUCUCAUUGCCUGGGCCUGGCCAGCAGUGCACAGUGGCCGGCAAGGUGACUCCAUCAUCCCCGGGUCUGGCCCGGCUCUCCUACGAGACCCAGGCUGAGUUUGGCCUCCUGACCAUUCCUUGACUCUCUUCCCGACCUGAGGCUGACUUUGGGGUUCGGACACCCCGCCCCACACGUGCCAUGAUCACAGCACUUGCCUGCACUUCUUCAGUCAUUGAUUUGCUUCUCGGCUUCCCCACUGGACUGUGAGCUCCAUGAGGUCGGCGAUUGCGCUUUGGUUGGUUUCUAGCCGGAGCCCAGUGCUUGAACAGACGUGUGCAAUCCAUGCUGAUUAAAUGAUGCGACUGCA